GAAGACUCGGGAUAGCUAGUGGGGCCUCCCGGCUGCGACCCACCUCGCAGAGAGUGUUUUGAUCUAAGGCGCCGGGCGCUGGGCUGCCGGCGCUGUAGACCAUGGCUCCGUCCCAGGCGCACAGCCGGGACCGUGCAGGCCAGGAGGAUGAGGACCGCUGGGAAACACGGGGGGACCGCAAGGCCCGGAAGCCCCUGGUGGAGAAGAAGCGACGCGCGCGGAUCAACGAGAGUCUUCAGGAGCUACGACUGCUGCUGGCCGGCACCGAGGUGCAGGCCAAGCUAGAGAACGCCGAGGUUCUGGAGCUGACCGUGCGGCGCGUGCAGGGCGCGCUGCGAGGCCGGGCGCGCGAGCGGGAGCAGCUGCAGGCUGAAGCAAGCGAGCGCUUCGCUGCUGGCUACAUCCAAUGCAUGCAUGAGGUGCACACGUUCGUGUCCACGUGCCAAGCCAUCGAUGCCACUGUCUCAGCUGAACUCCUGAACCACCUGCUAGAGUCCAUGCCGCUGCGCGAGGGUAGCAGCUUUCGGGAUCUGCUGGGGGACUCCCUCGCUGGGCUGCCUGGAGGCUCUGGAAGAAGCAGCUGGCCUCCAGGAGGGUCCCCAGAGUCCCCAUUGUCCAGUCCCCCAGGUCCCGGGGAAGACCUGUGUUCUGACCUAGAGGAGAUCCCGGAGGCUGAACUAAACAGAAUGCCUGCUGAGGGGCUGGAUUUGGUGCCUACAUCCUUAGGCGGCCUGACCGCAGCUCGGCGGGCCCAGAGUGUGUGGAGGCCUUGGUGACCAACACUUACCAGGGACCUGUGAAUGAUGGGCUGCCAUCCUUAAGUUUGCUUCCUCCCUGGGUAUCAUAUGAGGUGGAGACAGCCCAGGAUGCCCCUAGGUAUGCCCUCCCCACUCUCCAAUGGAUGGCUUGUAUGGCAACCCUGAUGACCAGCCCCUGCAGGUCCCUAGCCUUAUUUUGUGAGGGAAUCAAUUUCAUGGACCCUAGAGCUCUGGACAGGGCUCGGGGGAACGCUGCAGAAAGAAGGGAGACUCUUGUAGAGCUGCCAGGGCUCCCUUGUGUUCACCUUUCCCUGCCUUGUAGGCGUUUUGAGGGAUCUAGGGCAGAAGUGGCCAAUCUUGAGACUAAGUGUUAGUGUCCUAGGCAGGAACACACAGACCAUAGCAAUCCUGACCUGAAUAGAAGUUCAGAUUCGCUACUUUGGCUAGGAGACCAGGGGAGGCAGGCAUAUUCUGCAGUCACUGAGAGCUGCUCCCUGUUUGGAGCACAGUUGAGUGUGUGAUUUUGGUUGCCGUCGGGUGCUCCAAUUGAAUUAAAUAAAGAACUUUGGAGUUAGUUA